AUGAAUAAAAAGUAUAUAUAUGAGCGAUUUAGUAAGCGCAUGAAUUUGCUGUAUCGAUGUGGAGCACUGCUGAUGAUUGCGAAUUCGGCAAUGAGUAGUACGGGCUCGCAUCCAAGAAUCAUCGGAUGGGAUGUACAACAUAAGUGUACUGAGUUUGAGGAUAUGACUGCCAAUUUUAAUAAAGCGAUACAAAAGCUGAAUGCACAUGCUGAACAUGUGAAGAGUGGAGGAGUCGAGAAUAUUGGAGAGUGUCUUGAAGAGAUCAAGUCAUAUGAUGGAGAUCCAAAGAAGUAUGAAGCAAAGGUGAUGGGGAAUGAGGUAAAGUUAAUAACUGUGCAUGAUGACAGGUAUACCACGAGCUGUGAUUAUAAGAAUAGGCUACAUGUGUGUGUAAUGAUGGAUAUUGGAGACCUGAAUGUAGGAUAUUCGUUACCUUAUGAAUGCAUGGGAAACACAGCUAUGAAAAAAAUCCGUCUUAUUUACAAUGAUAAGAGAACAAAGUUCCGAGAUAUUCCCUACUCAGUGUUUAAAAACUACUGGUGCGAAUUCAACAGUGGAUAUGGCGUGUUGAGGUUUGAUAGUAUUGUAAAUACGGAUGAACUGUUUGAAAAUAUGAGUGUUUUGCUGUCUGUCUUUAAUGAUAAUAUUGACAAAUUGAAUGUGGAGAAUCCAGAAACACAGAGCCUGAGCAGUGUGUUGAAAAGAUGGAAUGAAGAAUAUCAUUGUUAUUAUGAGCCUAAUCCCGAGGAAGUUGAUUUUGUGUGGAGCAAAUUAGUGUCUAUGUCUGACAUAACGAUAGUUGCGAUUGGAAACAUUACCGAGGAAGUCAAGAAUACUUUGAAUGGAAUGGCAUUGGCAAUAAGAUCAAGCAAAUAUAACAGAGAUGAAGAAGAGGCUGAGUUAUUGAAACCAAAUGUAUGCACGCAUCCGUAUAACAUAUAUACUGAUGAAUACGUUCCUGGCUUGCCGUUUAUCCAUAUUAGCCAAGGUUUUUACUCGGAUCAACGUUAUGUUAUAUACAAGGGAUCUGGGGAAGGGAAUGUUGAGAAGAUCUUGCCAAUUGUGCUUGAAUUCUUUCAAUCGUUUAUGAAAUCCAAAAUCAAUGAAGAUGAAUGUUCUUGUUGGCUUGAGAAGAUAGGAGGUUUGAAUGUUCAUUUUUUCCCUAUCAGUCGAGAAGAUCCUGAUAGUGCAAGGAUAAUUGUGUCCCAGUGCAAUAAUAAUUGGAUGAGCUACAACGAUCAAUAUUGGGGAUUACAGAGAGAAGAAUUCAAAAAGGCUUUUGAAGCAUUGAUGAAUCAUAUUGAUUUCAUAUGUGCAAUGGAGCCAGCAGAUCGUAAGAAGUACUUUGUUGAAUCUUGUGAUUUAAGGCUAUCUGCAUCAGAUCGUCAUAACGAGUCUAGUCAUUAUGAAGGCUUUCAGAAGAUGAAACAACUGGUUCUUGGAUCAUUUAACUACCCAUCAAAGGACUAUCUAAGGCAUGGGGUUGAUGACCUAACUGAUGAGGAGAUCAUGGAUGUCAUGCAAAAGCUGAGGAAGCCUGAAUCAUGGUCCUUAAAAGGUGCGUGA